AUGGAUUCUUUGGCCAAUAUCUUACCAAAUGAUUUCAUUUUGAACCCAUCACCAGCCCAGCUUUCUGUCGGCAAUGAGUCAAGGCUGGACAUUCCUGAUAACAAUAUUGGACCUGAAGCUGCAAGCCUUGACUGGGGCUCGCCCUUUCCCGAAGUGUGCACUGAGAAUUAUAUCCCCACGCAGGUUGACUUCAAUCUGUUUUCUUAUACCGAAAGUAGUGAAAUUACCAUGUCACGGCAAGAGAUCAUAGCUGAGCUAGCACUCUUCUUUACGGUAUCCUAUCAGAGAAAUCCGGUCAUCCACCUCGAAACUCUGCUCCGCAAAGUCGAUUCUGGCGAGCAUUUGUCCGACUCCAGCUUUCGUAUCUUGCUGCUUUCCAUAUCGCUACUGAACGAGGCCGGUCAGUUUCGCCAGUGCCCUGCGCGAGGAAUGACCCGCCUGGAGGUUCUGUCCCAAUCGAUUGAGCAAUUGAGAGUUACCAACUGUCAUUUUGCGGACUGUCCAUCCUUGGAUGCUGUUUUCGCUUCUUUGGUCUUGUUUAUUGCCUACAGCGUGCGAGACAAACACAAUCGCGCUUUUCUAUAUUUAACAGAAGCAAUUGGACUAAUGGAUCUGAUUGGAUAUUCAAGUGAUCCGAUUGAAAUGGAGCGAUUCCAUCGCAUGGAGCGUCUGAUAUUCGUCACUGAAGCUGCAUCCAACUCUAUUUAUGGAGCCGAUAGGAGGAGAAUUGCCAGACAACCGCCGAAUCUGACUAUUGCAGAGCCUUCCGAUAUAUGGCACAUUCCAGAAACCCGUCUGAAAGAAAUUCCGCUCCCUUUAUCAACAUUGGACUUGAAUACUUUGGACAGACAAGCUAUCCAUCUCUUGAAUGCGAUGGCUCGCCUCUACUCUGCUUUAAACAUAAACGAGAUUACGGAUGUCGCGUUCAGAGACAAUUCUAUGGCCGUGAUGGUCGAAGGCAAUGAACGAAAACCAUCGUGUUUUAUUCAAGUAGCCGAUGUGGCUAUUACCAGGCAAUGGCAGCUCGCCUCACACUGGUGGCGUGCUCUGUAA